CUCUCGAUCUCCCAUCUAUCUGGACGCAUCCUAGCGAUCGUCCUCAACUUGUAUGCCAUGUGACAUGGUUGGCUGAUCGCCUCAGUCUAUAAAUACCCGUGGCCUGCUACGGCAGGAAAUAUGCUUCCCAUAAUAUUUACAUGGUACCAGAGUUGCUUCCUCAUAAGGAUCGUAGAUCACAUCUAGCCAAGCUCCCGAGAGAAAUCAUGACCGGCACCACCACCUCCGUGUUCGCCAGCACCAUGAGUGCCUUGACCUCCCAACCUUCAUCUUCCACCUUUGCUCCCUCCUCCAGCACCAACGUCGUGUCCCUUAGUCAACCACCGUAAGAGAAGUUCACGAGGACAAACUUCCUCUUGUGGAAGGCCAUCAUGCUGCCCCACAUUAAGGGCGCAUAGAUGGACGCAGCAAGCCCAGUGUCGCCCGUCACCGUCACUGUCACCACCGACGAGAAGGAAGAGCAGAACGUCAACUAUGCGCGCGCGAUCUGGUACGCUCAGCAACAACAUGUACAAGGCUAUCUAAUGGGUUCUCUGUCCCGCGAAGUGCUUGCCUAGGCCGUCAUGCUGCAGACUUCGGCCGAGAUGUGGGGCGCCAUCCAUGCCACGUUCGCUGCCUAGACACGAGCCGAGUCCGUGAACACCCAGAAUCGCGCUUGUCAACCUUCAGAAGGCUAACUUCAGCAUGAAGGGGUACCUCGCCCAAAUCAAAGUGCUCUCUGAUGAGAUCACUCUCGCUUGUGCGCCCCUCUCCAACCACGAGAUCAUCUCCUAUGUCCGCUUAGGUCUGGACCUUGAGUACAACUUUGUGGUCUCAGCCCUCGACCGCCUCGAGCUUGUCAUGCCCCUGGAGCUUUACAGCCAGCCGAUGAGCUUUGAGGCACAACUCAACCUUUCCCAAGGGAUGCUCGUACAACAGUCUUCUGCCAAUGUUGCGGCUCGUGGCCGUGGCAGUGGCAGCCCAGGCCGUGGUCACCAAGGACAUGGCUGUAACAGCGGCGUGCAUGGGCGUGGCAACAACAACACACACGCGGCUAGAAUCAGGAACACAUCAUCCUCCUGCACUGGUAGACCACGCUGCCAACUAUGCAAGAAGCCAAGCCAUGAGGUAACUGAGUGUUGGCAUCGUUUGAUGAAAAUUAUGUUCCCGACGAACGCCAUGUAGCCACUUUUCUCUGGGAACAAGGAAACACGGUGUGGUAUGCUGACUCCGGGGUGACCGACCACAUCGCAGGUGAGCUUGAGAAGCUUGCCAUCCACGAGAAGUAUUUCAGCAACGACCAAGUACACACCGCCGCAAGCGGUGGAGGUAUGGGCAUUCAUCACAUUGGUCAAGCUUCAAUUAAUGCCCUAUUUCUAAACGUGAUCUUCCAUUAAAAGAUGUUCUCCACGUUCCACAAGCCAACAAAAUCUUGCUUCUAUGUCUCGCUUAUCAGCGUAUUCUUUGAAACUCAUCCUAAAUAUUUUCUUUUAAAGGAUUGGGGCAACAAGGGAACUCCAUCGCGGUAGAUGCAUCGGAGGACUUCACGCCAUCACAUGAGGAGCAUUUAGUCGAAAGCAUUGUCGUCAAGCCUACUCCAUCGUCAACCCUCCUUGGCAAGAUGUCAUCAAAGAGUUGGUGACUCUUGGCACACUGACAAGCAUCACAAACAGACUCUUUAUUUUCACUACCUGAAAAUGGAAGAUUGCCUUGAUUGACUACUUGCUCAACUAUGAUUGAUGACGGAUGUCCUACUCUUUGAUGCCAUCUUGCCAAGGAGGGCUUGAUGACGGCGCUUUUGAUGACUAAAUGCUCCUGAUGUGAUGGGGUAAGGUCCUCUGAUGCAUCUACCGUGAUGGAGGAGUUUCCUCGUUGCCCAAUCCUUUAUAAAAAUAAUAUUUAGGAUGAGUUUCAAAGAAUACAUUGUUAUGGGUUGUUAAGCGAGACAUAGAAGCAAGAUUCUUAUUGGCUUGUGGAACGUGGAGAACAUCUUUUAAUAGAAGAUCAAUUGGGGAACCAAUUGAGGCUUGACCAAUGUGAUGGAUGUUCAUAUGUCAACCGCUUGUGGCAGUGUGUACUUGGUUGUUGCCGAAAUACUUCUCGCGGAUGGCAAGCUUCUCAAGCCUGGAGUCAGCAUACGACACCAUGUUUCCUUCUCCUUGUUCCCGGAGAGCAACAACCACAUGGCGUUCGCCGAGAAGAUAAUUUUCAUCAAAAUGGUGCCAACACUCAGUUACCUCAUGGUCCGGCUUAAUGCAUAGUCAGUAGAGUGGUCUGCCGGCGGAUGAUGAUGAUGUGUUCUGACUGUAGUUGUUGCCGGUCAUGUCUAGGCUAUUUUAGCCAUCGAAGUGCAGUCUAGCGACCAGCAUCCCGGUGAUGUUAAAAUUGAUGGAUGCCGUCAUGGUCCCAUUCAGGCUGAAUCUGGGUAGGCUUGUCGUGUUAACCGAGUGUCCGAAGGAGCUGAGGUCGAUGCCAAUGUUGUUCAAGGUUUCUUGUUUGUGACGCCGAAGGCAUCACCAGCCGAGUCUGGCGGUAGCGCCGAUGGCUAGCCGACGAGGAAGAAAGCCAUGGCAUCCCCUUUGGGGUAUCCAUGCAUGAGCUUUUCUGAAACAGAGACAUAAGAUUUGCCUCAUCUAUUAAUUAAGGAAAGAAUUGAGUUUGUUUUACAACCGACUCUCAUACUAUAAGUGCCUAGCUUCUUAGCCCCUGCGGUGCUCCAAAGAUUGGCUUCGGCUAAAAUGGUGUUUAGCAAGAUCACCGAUGGUUUACUCUUGUUACAGAAGACACGGGAGUUUGUCUUCCAAAUUGUCCAAGAUACAAGCAUGGUGAGAGAAGUCAUGGCCAUCUAGCUGGGGAUGUUCAACCCGGUCCUAUUAGCCCACCAAGACUUGAUGGAAUCCUCCAAGUGCCAAGUAGAAGUGUACAUGUGGUCGAGACCAAGCUUCUCAAUGACCAAGUUCCAUAGCUAAAUUGUAAAACGUCACUUGAAGAAGAGAUGUGCUCUAGCUUCACGACCAUUCUUGCAAAGAGGACAAAGGCCACAGUUUGGCCAGCCUCGCUUGGCCAAUCUAUGGGUGGUCCAAAUUCGGCCUUGUAUGGCUAACCAAGCGAAGAACUUGACUUUUAGCAGAGCCCAAACUUUCCAAACCAUUUGUUCCAUAGGUGAGAGGUCAUAUCAAAGAAUUGCGCCUUGUAGGUGGAAGCCGCUGAGUAGAGCCCAUCUGUUGAGUUUCCACACGAUGUCGUCCUUGGUAUGCUCAUCAAGAUGGAAGUCACGCACAAGCAUCCAAAUGUGAAGAACUCCCUUAUGUGGUUGACGGAAACAAUUGUGGAUGGUUUAAUCUUUUAAAUGCAAGCAUUCUCCUUGAGGGCCUCACGCAACUUCCAAUCUUUUCUCGUUGAUGCCUUGAAAAUGAGAGGGGCAAUCUCUUUUGGUUUUUGUCCAAGGAGCCAUGGUGAGUCCCAGAACGGUGUUUUAGCGCCAUUCUCCACUGUGAUGGUGGUGGAGGCAUAGAAGAAAUCAAGGUCAUCCUCAUUAUAACGGUUUCCCAUACCAAUCUGCAAGUUCCCCGGCUCCUUCCAUUCAAACCAUGACCAACACAACCUCAAGGCCAUAGCGAUUUUAUCAGUGUUUGAGCACCUCAAAGCCUCCAUAUUUGAGUGGCUGACAGGCCGCCUCCCAUUUCACCUUGCGUUUUGCACUAGUAGUGUUGUUCGAGUCGAACCAACGAAAGGCCCGCUCAAGCUUGUUAAAAUCGAGGAGUGUGCUCGGCAGGACGACAAGUGGUGUUGUAAAGUAGACCACCUGGGAAGUGACGACGGACUUGACUAGCGUUGUGUGGCCACUAGUAGUGAUAUGUUGACCCUCCCAUGUGACGAGUUUUCCUGCCACCUUGUCUUCAAGGAAGUGAAGGUCCACCUUCUUGAGCUGCCAUACCGAGAGAGGAAGGCCCAGAUAUGUCAAGGGGGACGAAGCUCUAGUUGCCGGCAAUCUCUGCAGAAUGUGGCCUAAAUUGAGUUGGUUGCAUUGAAUGGGCACCACUGAGCUCUUUUGGAAGUUGGUGCAAAGACUAGUCACCUCGUUGUACCCCUUUAAAAUAGUUGCGAGGUUAUCAAUAUCCCUCUUGAUAGGGGUCAUGAACACGGUCGCGUUGUUCUCAUAUAGGGAGGUUCUCACCCUAGCACCUCUCUCACGAAUCUUGUGAAGGAGACCCUUCUGAGUUGCUAGUUCCAGCAAUGACGAACAUGAGAGGUGAAAGUGGAUCUCCUUGGCGAAGCCCCCUACUAUGCACCAUGGGAUGGCCAAGGACACCAUUCAAGAGGAUCCGCGAUGAAGAUGUGCAGAAAAGCACGGUGAUCCAAUUUCGAACCUUGGUCGGGAAGCCUUUCCUUUGUAGAAGAUCAAGGAUGUACUCUCACUUAACCGAAUCAAAGGCCUUGCGAAUGUCAAGCUUGAAGAGUAGGGUGGGGGUCCCGCACUUGUGCAACCGGCGGGCAAAGUUCGGACAUACAUAAAGUUAUCGUGAAUCCUUCCCCUCUUGAUGAUUGCACUUUGCACGUUGGAGACCAGGGCAUCCAUGUGGGGGCCAAGGCUGAUGGAUAGCACGUUCACAAUAAUAUCGAUAGCAUGGACGAGACUAAUGGUUUUGUAGUUGGAGAUGCCCUCCGCACCCUCUUUGGGCAAAAGCACCACAUUUGCGGAGUUGAGCCAAUGGAAAUUUGCCGAAUGUAGGGAGAGGACUGCUACACACACGAUGGGUUGUGCCCGAUCUGUGGACGACAGGCUACGGCAGCCAUCGAUCAGUUGGGUUCACGUGGGCCGCAGCCAUCGAUCACCAGGUCGUUUGAGAAUCGUCCAGCACAUUGUCGUGUGCAUAGUAAUUUCGAUGUAGGGACUCAAAGAUGUGUAUGACCCUCAUAAUGUCAUCUUUGAUGGUGUCCUAGCAUUUCUUGAAGAUGUCGUGCAUUUCUUGAAGAAGAUGUCGUGAGGUCAUCUGGUCUGGGCAUGCCUAUGAAGCCAUCCAUGCAUGAGCUCGCCACCUCAUGGGUGGUGUUGUCAUACAAAGGCAACGGGGGCCCAUACGACAUUAAGCCGCGGUUGCCGGUAGUCACUGCUGCAACGGAGUUGCCUGCAAGGUUGACCAAGCUGUCGUUCACGGCCGCGUCACCCGAGAAAUUGAGGUAUUUUGCGUCGCAUGAGGAUGAGUUGGCGAAGUUGAAGCUAAAUGAGAUGGGUGGCGGCGUUGCGGCGGCGACAUGUCAAGGAGCAUCGAGUGGCGAGGAGAGGAGGAAGCAGCCGGCGUAGAGGAUGAUGAUGAGAAGAAGCUGCUACUGGGGCGCGCCAUUGCUUGCAGGAAACAUGGCUGUCUGUCUAGCUAGCGCUGUCUGGCUGGCGUUGGGGUGUUGUGAGCUCAGGAGCGUGAACUUGCGGCAUAUAUACACGACUAAAUUACCUUUAGAUUAAUCACGUGGGUGCAUGUAUCUCAUCCGAGUCAUGUCUGAAUUUAAGUAGGUGGCAAGAAUCUUCCUGCAUGUUAGUGAAGGCAUUCAUGCACACUGCCAUCACCAGUGGCGGAGCUUGAAAAGAAAAGUUGGGCGGGCCAGAGAGCACAAUAGUUUUCAAAUUCUAAAGCAUAUAUACUAUUUCAAUAUAUAUAGUCGGUACACCUUCUGUUCACAUUGAAUACAAGAUGAGGUGAUGCAUAUAUACAUAUAUACUACCAAGACCAAAAUAAGCCAUAACAUUUGACCAUAUAUACUACUCAAGACCAAAAUAAGCCAUACGCCCAUACCAUUUGACUAUCAGGCAAGGUUGUGUGCAGGUACAAACUACAAAUCAGCAUUCCGUUCCUUCACGCAUUCCAUGGCUGCCUACACCUCAACUUGUAACCUGUAAACAUAAUGGAGUGAAUCAUUUAUGCUACAGCAAGGCCCAUUGCCCAAUUGUGUAAACAAAACUUGCCUAACAAAUUAGAAACCAUCUUCUGUGGUCUGUGGUCUUGGACACUAGACAGUAAACUACAAUGAUCUUCAGUGAAAUAUUCAGCCAAUUGGGGAUUUUGAGGAUGACUCAAUAUAAAUGAACAAUGACCUAGGUUCAAUUCAGGGCAAUAAAAUUGGGAAUGAUUUGAAUCGAUUUACCUGCGCAACUUGUGAGGAUUCAGAGAAGGAUUUGCCCAGCUGGCAAUUCACAGCCUCGUGCCGUCGCCGCCGUCGCCGGCUUACCGGCUCGCCGCUCGCGGCUGCAUGUUCGCGUCCGCGCGUGGGUCGGCUAAGCAGUGGUUGUGGCCGGUGGGGCGUUUGAAUGUUGGAUGAAGGGAUCACUGGAAGGGAGGGACUGAUGUGCUCCGCGCCCGUGGGCGGCGGCCGGCAGCGAUAGGCGCCACGGCAGCCGGCGGCUGCGCUAUGAGACGGCGGUGAACCGUGAGCGGCAACUUCGCUGUGUGUUUUUUGUUUUUUGGGAGGAACGAAUGUGGCCGUGCGAGGCAGAGGGCCGUUCGCGAUGUGUUAUGUUAUGUGUGUGUUGUAUCGAUUGUGGGCUGCACCUGCGUACUGGUGAUGGGCUGGGCUGGCCAGCUGGGUAUGAAGCAUACAUAUAUAAAAAAAAUUAGCUCCAGACCUGGGCGGGCCACGGCCCACUCGGCCUUGCAGAAGCUCCGCCAGUGGCCAUCACUGUGCUACCUUUCCAAGUUGUUUUAUUCUGAGCCUCCACUUAAUUGUACCAGUUGCUAACUUUGCUAUAUGAUAGUCUGAAAGAUGGAAACCAGGGUGCAAGUCUGUGGGCAGUGGGCCGGGCACACGACCACCAGCUGCUACUACUUGUGGACUGCUUUAGUAGCCGCAUGUUCCCGAUAUGAACUUUAUGUACUGUCAGUCACAGGGUGAAACUUCAGGUGACAAGGCUGGCGAAUCAUCAAGGUGCGAGAUACAUCAUGCGCUCAAGUUUUAUGUGCCAAGUAGUUCCCAGGACCAAAUCUUCACUCUGUUCAAAUAUCGGCAUGAUGAGGACCACGGGAACAUCCUCUGCUGCAAAAGUUUGAUGAAUCGAUCCCGUGCCCCAUGUUUCAGUCACUGCCUCCAUGAGCACGGUAACUUGCCAACUUCAGUAGGGAGAUUGGCACUGGCAUGACUACCUGACUGUCGGGUAACACCCUCCAGGCACCCAUGGACCAGACCAGGUUUUUUUAUAUACUUCCAUGUUGGGAUUGGUCCAGCAUCGCCCCCAACAGUGCACACCCACUCUUUAUGACUAAAAAUAGUUCUGGGUGCUUGUAGCGCAACAAAAACUGCAGUUAAUAUGCAAUUGCAAAUGCCCUGAUUUCUUGCUGGGAGUAUUUGCCAGAUACUCUAAUCUUCUAAUUGCCGCCAUUUCAACCAAGGAAUGACCAUCCUUUAAAGAGAAGAGAAGAGAAAAGAAGGAAGAAAGGAAUGACCAUCCUUUAAACAGACUGUAAAACAAUGUAAUCUUGUAGAAAUUCGACCCCCCAAACUAACCCAUUGGAGAUUACUCCAUUUCUUUACGCGGUGCAGAAUUUUAAAGUGCGCUCUAAAUUGUACUACAUCAUACCAAUGACCCGACCUGGGUAAAACACUGACUUCAAAAUAAGCAGCAUAUUCUACCAUUUUUUUUUUGGUUGAGAAAAUGCAGAAGCCUUGUGUUUCAUUCCAUUGAGAAGGUAGAAGAGACACAGUACACACACCCAAACGGGCAGGAAAGAAAACGAUUACAGAGCACAACAAAUUAUUAUGUAACUACGUUUGUGCCAACAUUACAAAUUAUUACGAGACCUGGUAUAUUGGCAGAAAGCUUCAAAAUUACUAGCAAACAGGAUUCGUUUAGCAUCUAUGCCAUUUAGCUAGUGACCUCAGUCGUAGAACUGAACAAUUUGGCUAGCAACAGAAAUAACCUAAAAAAGAAAAAAAUCUAUUAGGAUGGCAAACUUCACCCACAAUGAUGUUUGAGAAUCAAUUAGUAUAACCAAAAAGAAAUAGCAUCGCAUAACAUUGAAAAGAGAUUGGUGAGCAAGGUCACGAUUCAAAACCUUGUUUAUGUCAUUGUUUGAUACGAUAUAACUGAAAAGAUGGGGACACAAUGUUGAACAAAAUAAAAGGCGCAUUGGAUCUUGUUUUCCGAUACAUGAAAAUGCCAGCUCCAAAUUAUGAGGCACCGGCCGUGGUUAUCAUGAGUAUCCAUCAAAAGAAAAAAUAGCCGAUUAAAUGAAGAACAUGCCAGUAGCCAGCAGCAUUCCACUAGAUAAUAGCUUCAGCGUGCAAUUAUGUCAAGAUACACCACCAAACUAUGCCCCUCUUAAUUAGUCAUGCUGCCAAUAAGUGGAACAUGACAAUGUGAUGGUUCUUCUCGAGGACACCAGACACAAUAAAAAAUGUAGCAGACAUGAGAUGACUUUAGUGUUCUGAUCUCCAUGCUUCUGGCAGAUCUCAAGGCAUAGUAGACAGCAUCUGGGAGAUGCAAUGGCAUGAUUCUUCAUGUCUACCAUUCAUAUGCUACAGUACAUGUUUGAACAUACCUUCUGCAUAAAUAGGCGUCAGCAGACCAGUAGAUACAUCAAGCUAUAAGCUCUUCUUUUCUGCUCCUCUCCUCAACCACAAAAUAGAGAAAAGCUUCAAGAUCAGACAUGGCUUUCCACCUAAGAUCGAUAAGUUUGCCUUCUAGGCCUCACCCCACUGGGACCGAGAUUGAAGAAGAGAUGUUGAGCCUAGAGGCAAGCAUCUCUUCCUCCACGACCAUCGGCAUGAUGUGCGAGGGUCAGAGGAGGCUUGGAGACAUCUAUAAUGGCGUCGAAGAGAUCAUCUGCCUUCCAAGCAGCCAAGUCUGUGCCUACCAGCAGAGGACGGUGUUGGAUGGAGAAAUGGACGGUUCUCUCGAGCUGCUAGAUCUAUGUGGCACCAUGCAAGAGAUCUUUGCCGAGAUGAAGGCCAUCAUACAAGAGCUGCAACUGUCUCUAAGGAAAGGGGAUGAUGCGGCUGCUCAAGCCAGUAUCCAAUCUUACACCAGCUUGGCGAAGAAGGCCAAGAAUCAUUUCAAGAAGACCACGAAGAAGAUUUCUGCAGACUGCAGGAUGGUCAUGCUCUUGGCCAAGGCCAGAGAGAUCUCUGUCUCUCUGCUGGAGUCCACACUCCAUCUCUUGUCGAAGCAAAUUGAAAUGCCUAAACGGUCUCUUGUUUCCAAGGCAUUUCACAGAAGGAAGUCAGUUUUUUGCAAGGAAGAGCAACUGUCAAAGCUAGAGUGCAGCAUCAUAGAUCUUGAGAGUGGAGCAGGACAUCUGUUCAGGAAAUUAGUCCAAAGCAGAGUUUCUCUACUCAACAUCCUUAGCUCAUAGAUACUCCCAAGUCACUCUUGACACCAUUCGAUU